CUCUAUAAAUAGCCAAACAGGCAGAGGUCGAAGAGCACAAUAAAUUUACAGAACUUCAAAUUUCUCUUUUCAUUUGUAGCAAUGGAGAAUAAGAACACAAUGUUGACUAGCAAAACUGAUGCCCCACUACUUCUGGGCGGCGUUCAGAUGACCAGAUUUACCCAAUCCACUAUUAUGCGCUCUGAUUUUCCCAAAGAUUUUAUCUUUGGUUCUGCAACAUCCGCUUAUCAGGUUGAAGGUUCUUGGGCCAAAGAUGGUAAAAGCAUGAGUAACUGGGAUUGUUUCACGCUGAGGCAACCUGGUCUUUCCUUUCUCUCAAGUCUUCCUCUGUAUAAAAUUGCAGGUGGUAGCAAUGGGUGUGUUGCUAUUGACCAAUAUAAUAAGUUCAAGGAGGAUGUGAAGUUGAUGAAGAAAGUGGGUUAAAAUUCUUAUAGAUUUUCAGUUGCAUGAACAAGAAUCUUGCCAGGUAAAUAAAUAUAAUAUAAGAAUGAAAAUUCUUUAACAUUAGAAAGGUAGAAAUUUUGCUUAUAUUAUAACUAAAAUGUGAACAAAUCAUAAUUUGAGGUACUCAUUCAUUUAAAUUUGUGUUU